CGGCUAUGGCGCGAGGAGACGCCCCGCAGGACAGCUACCACCUGGUCGGGAUCAGCUUCUUUAUCCUGGGGCUGGGCACCCUCCUUCCCUGGAACUUCUUCAUCACUGCCAUCCCGUACUUCCAGGGGCGGCUGGCAGGGCCCUUCAACAGCACAGCCAAGAUUCUGCACACCAACUACACAGAUCCUGAGGACACCUUCAACUUCAACAACUGGGUGACGCUGCUGUCCCAGCUGCCCCUGCUGCUUUUCACCCUCCUCAACUCCUUUCUGUACCAGUGCAUACCUGAGACAGUGCGGAUUCUGGGCAGCCUGCUGGCCAUCCUGCUGCUCUUUGCCCUGACGGCUGCCCUGGUCAAGGUGGACAUGAGCCCCAGGCCCUUUUUCUGCAUCACCAUGGCCUCCGUCUGCCUCAUCAACUCCUUCGGUGCAGUCCUGCAGGGCAGCCUCUUCGGGCAGCUGGGCACCAUGCCCUCUACCUACAGCACGCUCUUCCUCAGUGGCCAGGGCCUGGCUGGAAUCUUCGCCGCUCUUGCCAUGCUCAUGUCCAUGGCCAGCGGCGUGGACGCCCAGACCUCUGCACUGGGAUACUUCAUCACACCCUGUGUGGGCAUCCUCAUGUCCAUCAUGUGCUACCUGAGCCUGUCCCACCUGAAGUUUGCUCGCUACUACCUGGCCAAGAAACCAUUGCAGGCCCAAGCUCGAGAGCUGGAGACCAAAGCUGAGCUCCUCCACUCUGAUGACAAGAAUGGGAUUCCCCACAGCCCUCAGAAGGUAGCCCUGACUCUGGAUCUUGACUCUGAGAAGGAGCCGGAGCCAGAACCAGAGCCAGAGGAGCCCCAGGUGCUGGGAAAACCUUCAGUCUUCAUUAUCUUCCAGAAGAUCUGGCUGACAGCGCUGUGCCUUGUGUUGGUCUUCACAGUCACCCUGUCUGUCUUCCCUGCCAUCACAGCCAUGGUGACCAGCUCCACCGGUCCCGGGAAGUGGAGCCAGUUCUUCAACCCCAUCUGCUGCUUCCUUCUCUUCAACAUCAUGGACUGGCUGGGGCGGAGUCUGACCUCUUACUUCCUGUGGCCAGACGAGGACAGCCGGCUGCUGCCCCUGCUGGUCUGCCUGCGCUUCCUUUUCGUGCCACUCUUCAUGCUGUGCCACGUGCCCCAGAGGUCCCGGCUGCCCAUCCUCUUCCCGCAGGACGCCUACUUCAUCACCUUCAUGCUGCUUUUUGCCAUCUCCAAUGGCUACCUGGUAUCUCUGACCAUGUGCCUGGCACCCAGGCAGGUGCUGCAACAUGAGAGGGAGGUAGCCGGCGCCCUCAUGACCUUCUUCCUGGCCCUGGGACUCUCCUGCGGAGCAGCCCUUUCCUUUCUCUUCAAGGCAUUGCUCUGAAGUGGCCCCCUCCAUGGCAUCCCUUCCUGGAGCCGGGAUCCAGUCCAGGGGGAAC